CCCGAGUCACGUGGCGGCCGGAAAGCGCCGCUUUGCGACCUCAAUGACAGGCAAAAUGUGCGACAGCCGCUUGCCAGGGCAGGGAGGAAGCCGCUGUGGAGCCUGCUCGCCUUGUUGAGCGGCGGCGCUGAGGAAGGAAGGAGGGCUGCCGACGUCCCUUUGGCUGAGGGGAGGGAGGGAGAGCGAGAAGGGAGCUGCCCGAGGCCCAGUGCGCCAGGGUCGGCCUUCUCCGCCUUCGAUGAGCCCAUAGCCCUUCCUUCUUCCCUUCCUUCCUUCCUUCCCCCUUCACCCCUUGAGCCGCCUCCAGGUGCACGGUCCAGGCAGGAGGAAGGGACGCCGCCGGCUGUAAUGGCGUCCAACAUGGACAGAGAAAUGAUCCUGGCUGAUUUUCAGGCGUGUACUGGUAUAGAAAACAUUGAUGAAGCUAUUACCCUACUUGAACAAAAUAACUGGGAUUUAGUGGCAGCUAUAAAUGGUGUUAUACCACAGGAAAAUGGCAUUUUACAAAGUGAAUACAGUGGCGAGACUUUACAAGGACCUGCUUAUGACCCUUCUAGUCAUCCUUCCUCAUCGUCGUCUACACCUUCCUCAUCAUCUGCAUUUCGCCAUGUAGUGCCAUCAAGACAAAUAGUGGAGAGACAACCACGAAUGCUUGACUUCAGGGUGGAAUAUAGAGACAGAAACGUGGAUGUGGUACUUGAAGACAGUUCUACAGUUGGAGAGAUCAAACAUAUUUUAGAAAAUGAACUUCAGAUUUCUGCAUCAAAAAUGUUGCUAAAAGGCUGGAAGAGUGGAGAUGUAGAUGAUGGUACUGUUUUAAAAACUCUACACUUGCCAAAAAAUAACAGCCUCUAUGUCUUAACACCUGAUUUGCCACCACCAUCCUCAUCAAGUAUGCCUGGUACCCUGCAGGAAUCAUUAAAUCAAAACUUCAUGCUGAUCGUCACCCAUCGAGAAGUCCAGCGGGAGUACAACCUCAACUUCUCAGGAAGCAGUAGCAUUCAGGAGGUUAAGCGAAACGUUUAUGACCUGACUAGUAUCCCUGUUCGUCAUCAGUUGUGGGAAGGCUGGCCUGCUUCUGCUACAGAUGACUCAAUGACCCUAGCAGCAUCAGGGAUCUCUUAUCCUUGCCACCGACUUACAGUUGGAAGACGAUCUUCACCAGCACAAACUAGGGAACAGUCAGAACAGCAAUGCACAGAUGUACAUAUGGUUAGUGACAGUGAUGGAGAUGACUUUGAAGAUGCUACAGAAUUUGGAGUGGAUGAUGGAGAGAUGUUUGGUAUGGCAUCAUCUGCACUGAGGAAAUCUCCGAUGAUGCCAGAAAAUGCUGAAAAUGAAGGUGAUGCCUUAUUACAAUUCACAGCAGAAUUUUCCUCAAGAUAUGGUGACUGUCAUCCAGUAUUUUUUAUUGGAUCAUUAGAGGCUGCUUUUCAAGAGGCCUUCUAUGGGAAAGCCAGAGAUAGAAAGCUUCUUGCUGUCUACCUCCACCAUGAUGAAAGUGUGCUGACCAAUGUGUUCUGUUCUCAAAUGCUUUGUGCCGAAUCUAUUGUUUCCUACCUUAGUCAGAACUUUAUAACCUGGGCAUGGGAUAUGACAAAAGAAGCAAAUAGAGCAAGGUUUCUAACAAUGUGUACGAGACACUUCGGUAGUGUUGUAGCUCAAACUAUUCGAACUCAGAAGACUGAUCAAUUUCCACUCUUCUUGAUUAUUAUGGGAAAGCGAUCGUCAAAUGAGGUGCUGAAUGUCAUACAAGGUAACACAACAGUGGAUGAGCUAAUGAUGAGGCUGAUGGCUGCAAUGGAGAUCUUCAGUGCUCAGCAGCAGGAAGACAUAAAGGAUGAGGAUGAACGUGAAGCUAGAGAAAAUGUGAAGAGAGAACAGGACGAAGCUUACAGAAUCUCCCUUGAAGCUGAUAGAGCGAAGAGGGAAGCACAAGAAAGAGAAAUUGCAGAGCAGUUUCGUUUGGAACAGAUUAAGAAAGAACAAGAAGAAGAACGUGAAGCUAUUAGACUAUCUCUAGAACAGUCUUUGCCUCCAGAGCCAAAGGAGGAGAACACUGAAUCAGUUAGUAAAUUGCGUAUCCGAACACCCAGUGGAGAAUUCUUUGAGCGACGUUUCCUGGCCAACAGCAAGCUGCAGGUCGUCUUUGAUUUUGUAGCUUCCAAGGGGUAUCCUUGGGAAGAAUUCAAGCUACUAGGGACUUUCCCCAGAAGAGAUGUGACCCAUCUGGAUCCAAAUAAAUCAUUACUGGAGUUAAAAUUGUACCCUCAAGAAACACUUUUCCUAGAGGCAAAGGAAUAGUCAAAGCCAGAUUGGAGGACUAAAUAAUCCUUUGAUAACGAAUGCGGCACGGCGAAUGCUUUAUCCAAAUCACCGUGUGCUAUCAUUUAACUAAAAAAAAAAAUCAAUGUCACAACUCUGCCUCUUUCAAGAAGACGGGAAGAAAGAAUAAGCAUAGCUCCUUUAAAAAGUUUCCCAUACAUGAGUAUAUGUCUCCAACCUCAUUUAAACAAGCAGAGAAAAAUAUUCUGCUGUAAACACUGAACACUAUGACUUUAUUGCUCACUUACCAUCUGGCUUUUGUUAUAAUUAAUGCACUGUUAAAAUGUGAGUGAUUGUCAAGUAGAAUUUUUACUCCUCAAUUACCCCCUUUUUCACCAAGAAUUCUUGGACAUUUCUGCCUGUACUUUUGACACUAGAAUACUGUAUAUUUGAUAUCUCGCUGAACCAGUGCUCUCAUAUAUGUGCAUUUUCUUCCUGUGUUUGAAUUUCUACUUCACCACCUAAUUUUUUUAAAAGGCAGAAAAUCAAUAAAUGGGACAAUUUCAGCCUUUGAGAUUUAACAGUAUUGUAGUAGUAGAAAGCAGAGAUAUUUUCUGUUGUUGUUGGUACUUUCUGACUCCUUUCAUAAGAUGUAAGGUUUUGUUUGGAGAAUAUAGUUUGACAUAUAUGCAAGAUAUUUAUUUACUGAUUUUGAUUCUUUAUCUUUUUCUUUUUCUUGCUUUGGAUCUCAAUUCAGAUUCCAUUUAGGGAGUAUUUUUCAUUAUGCUGCAGUGUGCCGAACUGCUGCUGAUGUGAUUAUCUAAAUAAUGUUCAGAAAUGAGCCAGAACCAAAUAACUGGUAUCUAGCAGACAGUUCAAGAUAAGCAGAUAUCAGCUAGUGGCUUCUAGAAUGUUGCAAAUAGCAGACACAAAAAUUAUUUGCUCAUCAUUGUGAAAGAAAUUGGGGGCCCUUUUCCUUUUCUUUUCACUUUGUUUCAUUCUCACGUCUGUUUGUAUUAUUUUUCUGCUGUUUUUAAGCACCUUGUUUAUUUCACCAAACAAUAAAAAAAUGUAAAAUUA